AUGCUUCUCUCCUGGCUGUCCUUCACAGCCGCGGUCGCCUCAGCGGCUCACAUCCCACCCCGCCAAUCCCAACAACCAAAUCAUGUUCUUGAAGAUUUUGUUAACCGACUCAGGAAUCUUAUUCCUGACUCACUGGGCGGCUUAACUCCUGUGCUCGGGACAUCAACGGAGUAUGAGUAUGUGGUGGUGGGCGCAGGCACAGCAGGUACCACGCUUGCUGUGCGUUUGGCCCAGAGCGGUGCCAGAGUUGCUCUUGUUGAAGCAGGCAGCUACUAUGACCUGACGAAUCCAAUCAUCAGCAGUACCCCUGGGCUAGAUGUUCUGCUGAUCGGCAGCGAUCCCUUGAAUUCCAAUCCGCUUGUGGACUGGAACUUUGUUGCCAAAAACCAGCCAGGUACAAACUUUAGGGACAUUCAUUUUGCCAGGGGAAAAUGUGUGGGCGGAUCAUCAGCCCUGAACUUCAUGAUCUACCAGCGUCCAACAGUCCAGUCGAUGCAGCUGUGGGCCGACUCUGUCAACGACUCAAGCUACACCUUUUCCAACACUCUACCGUACUUCCAAAAGAGCGUCCAGUUCACACCACCAAACAUGAACAAACGCUUCGCCAACUCCACACCAGGGUACAACGCCGCAGCGUUCCCGGCCACCAGCAACAACCCUCUUCACGUCUCCUUCGCCAAUUACGCGCAAUCGUUUUCCACCUGGCUGAAGGCUGGUUUUGCCACCAUCGGGAUAGGCGAGACACCGGACUUCAACAGCGGCAGCCUCAUGGGAGCUCAAUACUGCACCUCCACCAUCCGGCCGGUAGACCAGACCCGUUCCAGCUCUGCGUCUUCCUUCCUCAAGACGGCUCUCGUUAACAACCUGUUCAACCUCAAAGUCUACACUGCCACCCGCGCGGAAAAGAUCCUCUUCAACAGCAACAAAAAGGCCACCGGUGUCCGUGUAAAAACAGGGCUGGUUUCGUACACCCUAUCCGCAAGCAAAGAAGUCAUCAUCUCCGCCGGCGCCUUCCACUCCCCUCAACUCCUCAUGGUGUCGGGUAUCGGCCCCGCUGAUCAACUCCAAGCCCACAACAUCCCCAUCCUAUCCAACCUCCCAGGCGUAGGCCAAAACAUGUGGGACCACCCCACCUUCGGCCCCUCCUACCCCGUCGACCUCAUCACCCUCACCAAAGAAGCCCGAGACCCGAUCUACCUCGCCGAGCAAUUAGUUCAGUACACAACGAACCAAUCCGGCACACUGACCAACCCCGUCGCGGACUUUUUAGCCUGGGAGAAGAUCCCCCCUCCCCUCCGCCAAACCCAAUUCUCACCAUCCACCCAAGCAAAGCUCGCCCAGUUCCCACCUGACUGGCCAGAGGUAGAAUACAUCUCCGGCGCUGGCUUCGUAGGUGACUUUAGCAACUUUUUGCUUGUCCAGCCCUCAGACGGGAGGCAAUAUGCUACUAUUCUCAACGUCCUAAACACUCCCCUGUCAAGAGGGAAUGUGACGAUUACUUCUGCUAGUACGGCUGAUUUACCUGUUAUCAACCCUGCUUGGUUGACGGAUCGGGCGGACCAAGAGUUGGCAGUUGCGGCGUAUAAGAGGGCGAGACAGGCGUUUACUUCUAGUGGGCUGGCGCCGAUUGUAGCCGGGGAGGAGGCCUACCCUGGGCCGGGGGUGCAGAGUGAUGGGGAGAUUUUGGAAGCGAUUAGGAAUAGCUUGAUGACGCUGUGGCAUCCGGCUUGUACGUGUAAGAUGGGGAGGGAGGGGGAUCCGAUGGCGGUGUUGGAUUCCAAGGCGAGGGUUAGGGGGGUGAGUGGGCUGAGGGUUGUGGAUGCGAGUUCUUUUCCGAUAUUGCCGCCGGGGCAUCCGCAGAGUACUGUUUAUAUGCUGGCGGAGAAGAUUGCGGAUGAUAUCCUUCAGGGGUAA